GAGAUACACAUCAGAGUUUAUCAAGCCCACUUAAUCAAUAUAUAAAUAAAAUGCCAGGCUAUUUGGAUGGAUCAGUAGGUGAAACCGUUAAGAUUGAUAUAGGACGGCUCACUGAAAUUAAAAAUGUGUCUGUCUACAUAGUAGAUGGUGGAUUCCUGUCGAAGGAUUUGGAAGAAGAAUCCAAUGACGCCUCUUUUAUUGCAUUUGAGGAUUCCAUAGACGGCAAUAAAUCAACACAACCAUGUAGACUCGAAAUAUGCCUUCCUAUAAAUAAUUGCAUAUAUAAUAUCAAUCCUCGGGAAGAAACUGUUCUCACUAUUGCUAUAAACAUCCCAUCAGAUUAUCCCCAAGUAGACAUAGAAACCCAGCUGCUGAGCAUCUCGAAUGCCGAGCCUCGAUUUACGAAACUUUGUAGACUGAAAUUGGUAGAGUUGCUACCCAUUGAAGAGAACGAUGUGUCUAAACAGUCGCAUCGUUUAUAUAAUAUCGUCUCUGGUUUCUACAGAUUUCUUCAACAGUACACAACUCAACGUUUAUCUGCAUCCAGAAGGUUGAAUUACAUCCAAAGUAGUUUACGACUAGAUACAAAUGAAGAGUCAAGCUAUAAUAGCAAAUACGGGCCCUCUGGUGAUCACACUAGUCGUCCUUAUGGUAACGUUAACCCAGUGGAUGUUUGCAUGGCAGCUAGAAAAGGUUCUGCAGCAGUGCACAAGCUUUUGAUUACCCAUUCACGCUAUUAUCGUGAAUUUGAACACCAGAAAGUUCUUGGGUCCGGGUCGUUUGGCUGUGUUACCAAGGUAUCACGGAGUGGAAUAAUUUAUGCGCUUAAGCAAAUACCUAUUUAUAAAAUACAUGGUAACACAUUGCAUGAAGAGGCUGCAGUACUAGCAAGCUUACAACACAGAAAUAUUGUGCGCUACUAUGAUGCCUGGAUAGAGGAACCUUACGAUGACAUACUGUCCAGACAUUGUAUGACCCUUCCCAUGGGAGCUUCCGCUAGCGUGCAACUGAGUCUGCCUUUACAGUCUAACUCAUUAUCUGAUAUGUCAAAUAUCUCACGUUAUAACAAGAAGCCAGAAGGUUUCCGUUUAUCGUCAAUUUCCAGAAAGGCUAGGUUGCACAAUCGAUUUUUGCCGAGUUGUGAAGGGGCGCAUCAUGCACGUAAACAUAAAGAGAGGCCCGUUAAGUACCUAUUUAUCCUAAUGGAGUAUUGUGCAGAGGAUAAUCUGGCAAAUGCAAUAAAUGACCGUCGUCUACAUGACAAACCGCAGCUGGUGAUUGAACUGUUUCGUCAAAUACUAGAAGCACUCAGUUAUAUUCAUGAAAAGGGAAUUAUACACCGUGAUAUAAAACCUAGUAAUAUAUUUUUAAAAUCGGAAGAUGGCGUACUAUCCAUAAAACUGGGCGAUUUUGGACUCACAGCAAAACUUAAUACAGGACCUUCCAGUGAUUUCACCAAUCCGACGGGCAUUGUCGGUACCCUUCACUAUAUGUCUCCUGAACAAGAACGUGGCGACUCCUAUGACGAAAAGGUAGAUAUUUUCGCCGCAGGUGUCGUCCUCUUCGAGAUGUUAUCACCGCCAUUCACUACCAAUAUGGAGCGGGCUGAUGUGCUCUCGUCAUUUCCAACUGAAGAAAAGAAGUGGCCAUCUGAAUUUGUGUCCACCGUUGACCAUGGCAUUUUCAAGAUUCUGGAAUCCAUGCUUUGCAUAGAUCCGAUGAAAAGACCAUCAGCAAGUUACCUACUGCAGAGCGAAGUAUUUGCAGCUACCAACUUGGACACCUCCACACUUUACAAAGUGGUGACCGAAUAUCCACAUUCCAUGGAGUCCAAUCAGUUGCUCGGGUCUUUGUUCAACAGAACAAUAGACUAUGACCCGAAUAUUAGAUACAAUGAAGUACCAGACUCUACACAAGAUAAAUCAAACUAUAUAAACGUCUUGCUGUGGAACAAGUACUCACAAGAAUUUGCGAAAAGGGGUGCGAUUCGCUAUGAAGCGCCCAUAUUUGUGGAAGCUUGUGAAGAAUAUUCCAAAGAAAAAAUUCAUAAACAGUGCUACCAUCUGUUGCUGGAUGAUGGCCGUACGUGUAAACUACGCACUUCAGUGCUCGAAGCAUUGGCUGAAACCAUACCUCCCAUUUUCUUUGUCAUUAUGAAGCGGUGGUAUUGGGGAAAGGCAUACAUAAAAAAUAACGUAUGUGGUCGCCAUCCAUCGGCUUUAUGGCAGUGUGCUUACAGCAUAGUUGCCGAUUACAACAUAAUGCUUCAGGAUAUCGGGUCAAAUGUGAAUUGUUUGGAUGCAUUCUUUUGUGCUGACGUGGUAGCAACUGCAGUCAGACCGUUAAUUAAGCUCCCGAAUAGUUCCGUUGUAGUGCAUUGGACCUAUACUGAUUUCCUUAAAUCUAUUCUGAAAGAAGCUGUUGGUAUACCAGAGAAGAUAUCGGAAUCAUUGGAGUUGCUAAUGUAUGAUAAUAUAAAACGGCCUAAUAUUUUGAAGCAGAAGGUUGCAAACCUUAUUAAAACAGUAUUUGUGCCGGGUUUGUCGCACGAAUCCUUGUUGAAUAUGGUUCUGCAGUUGGCUGAGACCUUGCCCAUAACAGGUACCCCGGCAGUUUCCGAUGUAAUAUCACCCAUUGCCAAAAUAUUACGAUCAUAUGGUCGUAAUUUGGAUGUUUUUACUUUAGAAUCAUCAAACGUGUAUUAUAUGGAAUCAUUCCUAAAUAUAAAUGAGUGUUCGUUUAUAUUCCUGCCACUGGGAUUCCCAGUUUGGCACAGACGGAACUACUCCAAAUUUAGCUUUGCAGUGAAUUAUACCAUCGAUAAAAAGGAAUUCUUCGGGCUAUUAAAUGGUGGAUGCAUAAACUCGCUUAUGCCGCAGAGCAAAGGUAUAAUGUUUGGUUCACAGCAGCGUUAUGUAUUUGGUUUUGAAUUACAGCUGGAGCCACUAAUGACUUACUACAACACGCGAGAAGCUGCAACAUUUAACAAAACCGGUACAAACAGUCUACAACUGGGUUGCCACCUACUCCCACAAGUCCUCAUUUGUGUUCAUAACGACAGCCUUAUGAAUCGAGCUAUACUAUUAGAAAAUGGUCUACAGCAAAGUGGUAUUGUUGUAGAAAAGCAACUGGGUAUACCCAGUAGUAUGCGCAAAUUACGUAAACAUAAGGUUGCUGGAUUCUUACAGCUAUCUCGUCUACAGGUGAUUGUACUUAUCAAGCAAAAACUGUCGCAAGCUCCCGGUAAAUCACCUAUGCAUAAAGACGAUGAUCCAAAUGAAGUGGAAUAUAAAGUAUACUACAUAGACACGGAAUUUGAAACAGUUGGGUUCUAUUGUGUAUUUUAUAUAUUAAUGCCCCGCAGACUUUGAUGGAUGAACGCGA